UCUGCCAAAUAAGAGUUUUGGAAACUUUUGGAGUCUGCCAAAACUUCUCCCUUUGAACGCCUACAUAUAUACACACCGUAUAUACGAACGCCUAGCGAUGUCGUUCUGCCAAAACUUCUCCCUUUGAACGCCUAGCGAUCUCGUUCUGCACCCCAUCUCCAGUAUUAUGGACUCCCACCAUGGCUACCCUUUCAUGACUCCUGAAGAGCGUGAAUUAAAUCUCCUUUAUGACGAAGCAAUAAAUGUUACUGGUGGCUUCGAUGUUCCAAAGUUUCCUGAUGAAUUUGUGAUGGAGGGGCAGAUAGUUCCAGUGGUGUUUGCACAUUCGGAGUACAUGCGUGAAAUAGGUUCCAGAUAUUGCAAGCUUGCAAUUGAGACAUAUAACAAGCAGCAUAAUACGAACUUUCAAUUCACGGAGUUAAUCAAGUGGAAUGCAGCAGCCCUUCUAAACUAUAUCACCUUCAAGGCCAUCGAUCAGAAUUCAUUUGGCAGACCGAUGAAAACAUUUCAAGCUGAAAUCUAUGACCAUCCCGGCAAAGAUGAACUUGAUCAGGUUGAGGUAGAGUUCUGUCGGUUGGCACCUCCUGACCUUUGAAGGCAGGCAGGUAGCUAAUGUUUUAAUUUUGUAUGCAAGCAAUACUUGUGGUAAUGUGAUUUUUUCAACUAUAUCAUCUGUAUACUUGGGAAUGAUGUGAGAAGUAUGGGUUACCUAAGCUAGUUUUCUCCACAAUGUUGGAAAGUAUUUCAUUCAAAUGUCCUUGGUCCAUUUACAACAUAAUUUGACGUAUAUAUUGAGGACUUUUAUGUCUUAUCAUUAUGUUUACCAUAUGACAGGAUUGAUCCU